AUGGGAGAGCUGCCAUCGGCACGGGUCACCGUAUCUCGUCCGUUCUCACGAACGGGCGUUGACUACUUCGGACCACUUUAUCUAAGAUUAGCCCCGCGACGACCAGCAGUGAAGGCCUAUGUAGCGAUCUUCGUUUGUAUGUGUACCAAGGCAGUACACUUAGAGCUGGUGAGUGAUUUAUCUACCGACCGGUUUCUGCAAGCGCUGCGGAGAUUUAUCUCAAGGAGAGGGAUGUGUACGGAUAUUUACUCCGACAAUGGCACCAACUUCAUCGGAGCUCGCAAUAAACUUCGGGAAGUAUUGAAAUUGCUGAGAGAUAGCAGCCACCGAAAUCAAGUGUACAAGGAGUGUUCCAAUCAAGGGAUUCAAUGGCACUUUAAUCCACCUAGCGCGCCACACUUCGGAGGAUUGUGGGAGGCAGCCGUACGAUCAGCAAAAAACCAUUUAUUGAAGGUUCUUGGUGAGAGUGUGGCGACUCCCGAGGAUAUGAGCACAUUGCUCGUUCAAGUGGAAGGAUGCCUUAAUUCAAGACCGUUAACACAAAUGUUUGAGGACCCGAAUGACUUGGAACCGUUGACACCGGCCCAUUUCCUCAUAGGAACUUCUUUACAGGCGAUUCCGGAAGAAAAUGUGGAAACAAUGCCCACUAAUCGUUUGAAUUAUUGGCAGUUAAUCCAGAAACGGCUACAAGACUUCUGGAAGAGAUGGCGUAGAGAUUAUUUGGCCCAGCUGCAAGGAAGGAUGAAGCGAUGGAAACCACCUGUUGACAUCGUAGUUGGUAGGUUGGUAAUCAUUCAAGACGACAAUCAGCCCCCUAUGCGGUGGAAAAUGGGAAGAAUUAUGGAGGUACAUCCUGGGGAUGAUGGAAUUGUGCGGGUGGUGACACUUAAAACAUCUGCAGGAAUAUUGAAACGACCGGUGGAAAAAUUAUGCGUUUUGCCAAUCGAAGAACCCAGCAAUUAA